UCGGUUACGUUCUAGAUUAAAUGGUUAUUGUUUCUUAAUUUGUUUUGGCGAGACGAGUAUUGAGUUUCGUCCGAGUCACAAGGAAAUCACUGUGGUUCGACACAAUGGUCGGUGUCUUUGCCGUACUAAAAUAGGGAAAGUGUGUGUGCCUAUAGUAGAACUGCCAUGAUAGAUUCGAACGCGUCUUCAUCUUAUUCCAAAAAAGUCAAAGAUUGUUAGCAAAAUGCGUGAUUUCUGUUGUCAGGAGAGCUUCUUUAAGUAACAGUACGGAUUGCAGAAUGGUGGUGGACUGCUUAUCCAUUCAAAGCUCAGCAGCUAUAGUACGGAAGCAGGAGCGAAGAUUAGGUGGGUCAGUGGGUGCAAAAAUGCAACCUAACAAUGUUGGUAGUUGCGGUGGCAUGACACCCAAGGAACUUUCUGACAACGAUGACCUAGCUACUUCUCUCGUGCUAGAUCCUUAUUUAGGAUUUACAACCCAUAAAAUGAAUAUUAGGUACAGGCCAUUGAAAGCAAAUAAAGAAGAACUACGAAAAAUUAUUUGUGAAUUUAUUCAGACGCAAAAUUAUGAAAAAACCUAUAAAAAGUUGAUGGGUGGUGAUUGGGGUGCACGACUUCCACACACAAAAUCUAAACAACAACAGAUAAACUUGGAGAAACAUAUUUACCGAUACUUACGAGUUUUUGACAAGGAUUCCGGGUUUGCAAUAGAACCUUGCUAUAGAUAUUCUUUAGAGGGUCAAAAAGGUGCCAAAAUUUGUGCAACUCGGAAAUGGUUGAAGCAUGACAAAAUAUCUUGUCUUGUUGGUUGUAUUGCAGAACUUAGUGAAAAGGAAGAAGCAGCAUUAUUACAUCCUGGAAAGAAUGAUUUCUCUGUAAUGUUUAGCUGUCGGAAGAAUUGUGCGCAACUAUGGCUAGGUCCAGCAGCAUACAUUAAUCAUGAUUGUAGAGCUAACUGCAAGUUUGUAGCAACGGGAAGAGAUACAGCUUGUGUUAAGGUUCUUCGUGACAUUGAAGUGGGAGAAGAAAUUACUUGCUUCUAUGGAGAAGAUUUUUUCGGGGAUGGUAACUGCUACUGCGAAUGUGAAACCUGUGAAAGGAGGGGAACUGGAGCUUUUGCAGAUCAAAAACCUGGAGAAGAACUUUCCUCUGGGUACCGUUUAAGGGAAACUGACAAUCGUAUUAAUCGUACGAAACAUAGGCAACAGCCAUUAAAUCGCAAUAAACAACAAGCAGACACUGCGCUUACAGAAAGAAAUGCGGUGCUUGUCGGUAAUGCAGCAGUAGCACCACAGAGUUUGAGCAUGAAGGAGUUACGGAGAAAGGGUUUAACAAAGUACGAUGCAGAGUUAUUAAUUGCACAAGGAUGUCGGUUUUCUGAUAUCACUCAGCAGCAGCCUAUCAUAAACAAUGGAGAAAACGUGCUACAAGUGUCGCGCCCUCACCCUUCUGCGAUUGCCAAUUCUGUGACAAGAAAUUUGCGGAAUAAACAACUUAGUAAAUUUGACAAUAACAACGGCCAUCAAAACAAUGUCAAAAAUAAUCAAACCCUUAGGGCCUCCAGGCUUCAUAGGAGAACAGAAACCAAAAAGAACAGAGUUUCUGAGAAAGUUAGAUCUCCGUUGAAUGGUUCCAUACCAAAAAAUAUUGAAAUAGAAGGUAUAACUCAUCGAAAAGAGGAUUCAGAUAGAGUGGAACUAGCUGAAGAAGUCGUCUAUUCCAGACUGCAUAAGCUGCAUUCUGAGAGCAGCAUAGAUCAAGAAAUUCACGAUAUUUGCCAUGUUCAAACUUUACAUCAUGACGUAAUAGAACAAUCGAUUUGUUCUGACCUACAGAAAAAGUGUUCACCUAUACUUGUCAAAAAUAAUCGAGAAUUGGAUAGCAGGUCAAUAGACGCAAAAGAAAUCUGUGACAUAGAAGUUACUUCUAAUUCAGUAGAUAAUGCUAAAGCUUCCGAUUCUAGAAAAGAUCAAUAUAGUACAAAUACCUGUGAUUCAAUUCAUCUAAGUUCCAUAUCUGACACUCGUUUAGAUCAUUUAGACGAGGCUAGUAACAAAGAAUUAAUUCCGCAAGAAAAGCAUCAAUCAAGGAUUUGUCGUUAUGGUCUGUCCUCAAUUGACAAUCCCGAGGAUGUGAAGAAGAAUGUGUCUGUGACUGCAGUAAAAUCUAACAAUUGUGUCAAAAAACUUUUCGACUUGGAACAGCAAAAUUUGAAUGAGCAUAAAAAAGAAAAUUUUGAAACUUUGGGCAAGGAAGACUUUUGCAAAGUUGAAGAACAAAUGUCUUCAAUUCACGUAAAGUCACCAAAACAUUCUAAUUUUACUGAAAGUAAGAGAAGUGUUUGUGCAUUGCUGGAUACGCAAAACUCUGUCAAAGAGUAUAAAAGCGGUGAUUCUAAAAGUUCGGCUAUGUUAUUCAAGUGUUUGGUAGAAAAUGAGGCAAAGAAAUUUAAUUCAUUCGUCCCGGAUCCUACGAAGUUCUCUGCUAAGGAUGAACAUAGUGAAAGAAAUUUUGUUGAUGAUAAUUUGAAAAUAAAAAAUAAUAUGGAAAACACUUUUGGCUGCCACAGUGCAGUACUCACUCAUCAGAAUGAUUUAUUACUUAAGAAUAAUAUGUACAUAAUGAAUGUUGAAAAACCGAAACUUAUUGAAACAUAUAUUACGGAUGCGGAUUCUCGAGUGCAACCAUGUAAAGAAAGUAAUAAAGACUGCGGUGUACUUGUACCUAACAAUUACAGUGAUGUUACCACUAAUAAUACUUCAGAAGUUAGUCAGAAUUUUAUUUUAAAGCAAUCAUUACAAGAGAAUGAAAUAUCGAACGUUACGUUCAGAUCGCACAAGAGCAGAAAAAAGUUAUUGAACGAUAAAAAAUCAAUUACUUCCUGCCCAAAGGAAGAAUUAGGGACCGUCGUUGAGCAUAAAACAACUGGCAAUACGAUUGCGUCCGUUUCAAAGACUCGUAACAAUCUGGUUAAAACGAAAAGCCGUUUAACAAGAAAUCAAAAAAGGGAUCGACAAAAACUAGCGGCUGCUGACAUCAGUGUAGCGGAUGAUGAUUCCGGUAUUCAAGGUGAUAUUUACGAAUUUAGUGAAAAAGAAAGCAAUUUGGAGGAUGUUCGAAUUCCAUCGAUUAUGCGAAGAACAAAACAAGAAAGCCGCCCAUCAUCUGUGCUUACAUCACAUUUACAAGAAAUGCAAUACAAUGACGAAUGCAAUAAAGCCGAGCCUCCAGUAUUAGUUCCGCAGGAGCCAUGGCCACCUACGAGUUGUAAUCAAAAUCAGUUAACAGAUUCGGAUGGCAGUAACCAAUCGCGGGAAAAUUCUAACGAUAGCGAGAGUCUAAAAAGAUUAUCAACUUAUAACAACGAAAGUGCACAAAAGCCAACCACUUUGACGGAAUGUCAGUGGCAAACGAGUAACUCAAAUUGUCAAGUUUGUCCAACCACGCCGGAAAGAACCGGUCGAUUAAAGCUUACUCUUCGUAUGAAACGUUCACCGGUUUUAGAAGACAUUGUGGAGUCAGGAACGAGCCUCAGUGAAGAUAGUUACGAGCCUGAAUAUGAAGUAUUACGUGUGGAGGGCGUGGAAAGAAGUAGGCGUAAAAAAAAGCACAAAACCCGAGACCGUGAAAGACGGCACAAGAAACGUGACUUGAACCUCGAUCCUCCACCACCGCCAAUGAAAAGGUUGCGCUUGAUUUUUGGCAAUGAAACACAUACCAUUGACUUUCCACAUUCUUAACAGCUAUAAAUAGGAAUUUUCGGUUUCAUUCAGAACAAAUUAUGAACACUCGGUCUUAUUAGAGGUUUUGCAGAAGUAGAAAGGACUUGAG